AUGGUUGUAACCAAAGUAGCAUACCCGACGGACUCAAAGACAACUCCCACCAAUGCAGAACCUCGAGUUUCAUUUUUUCUGCCAGAUGAUCCAUCGUCUUCUCCCAGCUCUCCUAAUAAAGACAAUAACUCAUCAGCGCCGAGUUCUCCUAAUUCGCUGGCACCACCAUCAGAGAGGUAUCAGUCCCGUGGUUCGAUAUUUGAUCAGACCAACUGGCUGAAAAAGCGCGCAUCACAAAUCAUUUUGGAGGUCCCAGCAGCUCACUUGAGAAAAAUCAACGAAACAGAAUCAAUCAGUUCGAUAAAGCGGGAGUCCAAACAUUUUUCAGACAAUACAACUUUACAUGGUCCGAAACGUAUCUACUAUGGAAAAAAGUGCUCGUUUGUCUUCUGGAUAGUUAUGAUGUGUACGUCUAUGAUAUUAUUAGUUACCCAAGUAGUAACUCUUGGAUCGAUGUAUGCUAGUCAUCCUACCGUAUCGCAGGUGUCCUUCCUUAUCAAAGAUGAUGGGAUUGAAUUUCCGAUGAUCACAUUGUGUAAUUUCAAUCCCAUAAAGAAAUCCUACAUCAAACAUUUGAACAAAACGGGUGAUUUUACUGACGAUUUGCUCGACUAUCUCAUGGAGUUCUUGAUUGAUCCAAACACACUCUAUGGAACUGCUGAUAGAGAAACUUUGCAUGUAGGUCAAAAAGCCUUUGAGGUAUAUCAAUCGGCUCAUCCAAACUUUACCGUACGGGACUUCUUCAUGAAUGCUGGAUUUUCAUGUGAAGAAACAAUGAAGCUCUGUUCGUUUGGUGGGCGACAGUUUGUUUGCUGCCAGCACAUGAAUGCAAUAUUAACAAAUUUAGGAAAAUGUUACACAUUGGAUAUGCAAGGUUCCGGAAAGGACUGGAUGCAAAAGCAGUUGGAAGCCGGUGUUACCGCAGGGUUACAAAUCGUUCUAGAUGCACAUCUGGAGGAGCAGUUUGAUGGGACAGGAGAUGACCCGGAACCAAUAUUCUCGGAUGAUUUCGAAAAUGGUUUCCGCUACUUCGUGCACGCGCCCGAGACGAUACCGUAUCUCGUUUCUGAAGGAAUCAGUGUUUCGCCGAGUACGAGAGUAUACUCAGCAAUCUCAACGAAUACUUAUAUACUCCUGCCUGCUGAACGUUGGGGUAACUGCACAUCAAAAUGGCCGCGAGGAUUUCAUUCAAAGUUGCCCUAUUCAUCUGUAAAUUGUGAUUCCAUAUGCAAGGCAAUGUUUUUCAAGCAGAAAUGCGGUUGCAGCCCAUUUACAUAUGAUAUUGAACACUCUUUCACGAUGUGCACACCAUUUCAGACGGUCCGAUGCAUUGAUGAUCACAUAAGGAAGACUGUGAAGGAUGUUGAUUACUACGAUAUUCCAAGAUGCAAAGAAUGUCAAAUCGAAUGCGAUAGUAUUGUUUACCAUGCUUACAACUCCUACGGGCAUGGAUUCAGUAAUGGUGCAUUGACCUGGCUCAAUAAGAAAAACAAAUCAUGGAGCAUACCACAUAUGAAAUCAAAUUUUUUGACAGUAAAUGUGUUCUUCCGCGAUAUGUCCUACAUGGAAUAUGUACAAGUGCAAGGCACCACUCUUACCGAAACUCUUAGUGAUAUCGGUGGAAAUAUGGGAUUGUUCCUAGGAAUGAGCGUAAUUACUGUAGUCGAGAUUUUGAUGUAUUUUUCAAAGAUUGGUUGGAUUACAUUUUCAAGCAAGCGCAGACUUUACAUGUAUCGGAAAAAGGAACACGAAAAGGAACAUGAAAAACAACUGGAAGAAACUAUGAGCGGUUUUAAACUGUUCCGCAUUCGUAAGGAGGGAACAGAUAUGAGUCAUACAAGAGCACGAUUACGAGCACUCACCAACAAAGUGUCAUCCGCAGACGCGCCUGAGAAAAACUCUAUGUCAUCGGAAAGAGAAUGCGAAGCGUCGGAUCGGAGAUCACGGUUUAUGAACGCUAAUUCCGGAUCCUUCUACAGUGACAACCCGAGAAGAAAAAAUAGCGUUGUGGAACUAAAAAUCGAUCUCCGCGAUCUGAAAGAAAUGAAAGACGGCCAUAUGCAAAUAGAAGCCGAUUAUAGGAGUAGACCGAGAUCUUCCACAGCACCCCCUUCUUCGUUUAGAUUACUUUGGCAGUGCUUAGAAGCCGAUACAUCAGAAAAAAACGCUGAUGAUGAAGCUUUUGGGCUUUCGCAUUCAGUACCAAGAUUUUCACCAAAUGGUCCGAAUUAUUUACAACAUCGCAAUUUCCAAAUCAUCAGAGCUUCAACAAGGCCAUUCGAUCAUCCUCAGUGGCGAAGUGAUAUUCCACCAUUGUUUUGGCCUUAUGUGAAUAUCACUGCGGUAGAGCAACGCGAAGGAAGACGGAAAGCGAAUGAUAGUGACGUAGUCAGAGAUAAAGACGCCAGUGACUUCCCUGCUGAUGAUCAGAUUUCACCGAACUCAGUUCAAAAUGAUGGGAAGAAGAUCGUCAUUACCAUAACCGAAGAGGCAGGAAGGAAACUAUUACAGCACUGGGCUGACCAAGCGUUGUCUGGACUCAUGGCAGCCGUAGCAAAUAUUAAGCUCAGACAUGUUGGGUAUAAGGAAAAACUAGCACAUGAACGAUGCAAUAAAGGAGCUACAUCGAUGGUGGCUCACGCAAAUUGUGUGGUGGCUCUGCUGGAUGCGGAAAAGAAAUAUCAGUGGUUAAAGAAGUUUGAGAAGAAGAACAAUAGAGAACAACUCAAAACAAUGGGAGCGAGGAUGGCUAGAAUGUCCACAUUAAACCUUGGGAAGCACACGGAUUUUUCAUGGAAGAAACCCCCCAGAAGAGUUUGGCAGAAGCAACUAAAGGAGGACGACGAAAACUGGAUAGGCUCGUUCAAAAUGCGUACUAAACGUUCUACAAAACGAAUCAACAUGCGAGUCAAACCUAUCACAAAGAACAAAUAUGAUCUCUUAGGAGAGCGAGCUGAAUCUCCUCUGGGCAUGGUGGCAGAGCAUAUGCUUCGAGCAAUGAGAAGGCUGAAAAACAAGAAAGAUGACGAUAUCAAAUCAUGGGCACAAGUGGUUUCCGAAGUGCGUGAAGAGGGCAAAAAGAUGCAAAAAGAGAAGAAAGCUAAGCGAAUCCUCGACAGACGGCUAAGGACAUUCAUGAGAGUGUUGCAAAAAGAUGAAGGUGUAGAUUUAGCGAAGAAAAUGAAUAUGUUCGGUGAUAAAGAACUUUCACAUAUGAAGAAAAUGAUGUUAAAAAAUGGAGAUGAAGGAAAACGGAAGAUAAAAGAGGAAAUUUUGUUGCGAGCACCGAUUGAGCUGCUGAAACGAGGUGUGAAAAUAGGUAUGAUGCUGUCUGGAAAAAAUCUGACGAGCUUGGAUAAGAAGAAAAUCAAACUACUUUCUCCGAGACUCUUCCCAGUGGUUCCUGAAGAAAAGAAAAAGGACUCGGUCAGUCUUAUAUCACCUUCACUCUUUGCUUUGCACAAAGAUGGACAAGGUCUGGAAAAGCAAACAAGUCUGGGAGAGGCUUUGAAUCUCUUUGGAAAGAAGGAUUACUCGGCCUUGCUCAACUUUAUUAUCGAGGUUUCUGGUGUCUCUGACGCGGUGGACAAAAUGAAGAAGCAUAGGAGCAGGUACAGUUCUAUUCAAAGAGAUAGCCCUUUUGAUCCAAAUAAGGAACAACGUCUAUGGUUCACUAAGGAGAAUAUAACUGAGAUCUACGGUGAAAAAGAAACGAAAAAGGUGGAAUUAUUCGAAGAACUCCACAGAACCUACUCCGACGAACAGAAGCAGGUGCACUUGCUCUACGGCCGUGGGUCACCUUUUCAUGACCCCGAGAUCCACCGACGUCUCUCAACCAUAUCGACUACGGAUGUUCCUGCACUGCUCGACAGAACAAUUCGUGGAAUUGCUGCUGAGACCAUCAAGUUCAAGGUAUCGCGAAGAAAGGACAUUACGCUGUCGCCAAGCGUGUUUGCUCCGGUAAUCCUUAGUCCGAGUGUUUCUGAACCGUUCAUCUUGUUCCCGCUAUUGUUUGACCCUGUCAUAUUGUCACCAACCAUUCUCGGCGGUUUUAUACUUUCGCCAUGGGUUUUUGUGCCCACCAUCCUUUCUUCGAAGGUACUUUGUCCUACAAUAUUGUCCCCAUAUCUUCUGUCUCCUGUUAUUCUCAACCCAAUUGUUUUGGGCCCUACUGUCCUGAGCCCAGGCGUGCUUUCGCCCACAAUUCUUUCUCCUUUGGUAUUGUCGCCGGCCGUGCUUUCGCCUGCAGUUCGGAAUCCUAUGAUUUUGUCACCAUACGUUCUGAAUCCAUUUAUUCUCAAUCCCAGCGCUCUAUCACCUGUAAUUCUUUCACCCUUUGUUCUUUCUCCGGCUAUCUGUUCAUCGCCAUUCUUUUCCGCAACAGUUCUAUCACCACAUGCGCUUUCACCUUCAGUACAGUCACAAGGCUACGAGUCUGUUUCGAUUCUUUCUCCCAGUUGGCUCAGCUAG